CCAGCUCAGUGAGGAGGCUGCUAGCCCUGCCCUCUUAAGAAGAUGUCUUAUGGAUCCAUCGCUGGUGGAAGUGGCCUGGGGAGCCGUGGCCCUUUUGGGGGACCCUCGAGAAAAGGCUAUCAGCCCCUAGAGUGCGCUAGAUGUUGGACGGAGUAUGGAAUCCGCCAUUUCCCCUGCCUGUCGCCAGACAGCAACCCACAGGACCUCUGUGUGGGGAAGGACGGGGAAGGUGAUCUGGGGCCGGCGGGCACGCUCAGAGUCCCAAGGGCCAGGAAGCGAGGGCCAGAGGUUGCUCCUGAAGGCAGUCAGACGCCAGAGCCCACCUCACCACUUGCCACUGUCCUAAGGAAGGACUUGGCUGCCGGGCCCCAUGGCUGGAUGGCAGGACCGAGUGCCACCCGGGCCAAGAAGAGGAAGCCCAACUUCUGUCCACAGGAGACCGAGGUACUGGUGUCCAAGGUCAGCAAGCACCACCAGCUGCUGUUUGGCACGGGGCUACUGAAGGCUGAGCCUACCCGCAGGUACCGUGUGUGGAGCCGCAUCCUGCAGGCUGUGAACGCACUGGGCUACUGCCGCCGCGAUGUGGUCGACCUGAAGCACAAGUGGCGGGACCUGCGAGCCGUCGUGCGACGCAAGCUGGGUGACCUCCGGAAGGCAGCCCAAGGCCCCGGCCCAGGCUCCAGCAAGCCCCCGGCUCUGGCCCUCACCCCCGUGGAGCAAGUGGUAGCCAAGACCUUCUCCUGCCAGGCCCUGCCCUCUGAGGGCUUCGACCUGGAGCCGCUCCGAGCCACCCAGGUCGACCCUCAUGACCUCCAGGAGCUGGUCCAGGAGACAUCGGCCAAUGUCUUCCGAAUCAACUCCAGCGUGACCUCCUUGGAGCGGAGCCUCCGGUCUCUGGGAACACCGAGUGACACACAGGAGCUUCGGGACAGCCUGCACACAGCGCAGCAGGAGACCAAUAAAACCAUUGCGGCCAGCACCAGCGCCAUGAAGCAGAUGUCCGAGCUGCUGCGUGGCUCCUGCCCGCAGGAGCGGCUUCAACUGGACCGGCUGAAAACCCAGCUCACGGAUGCCAUUCAGCGUUAUGGAGUGAUACAGAAGAAAAUUGCAGAAAAGUCUAGAGCACUGCUUCCCACGGCACAGAGAAGCAGCAAACAGCAGAGUCCCCAGGCCUCUUUUGCGGAGCUGGCUGAUGAUGAGAAGAUUUUUAAUGGGGGUGACAACAUGUGGCAGGGCCAGGAGCAGGCACUGCUUCCAGACAUCACUGAAGAGGACCUGGAGGCCAUCCGGCUGCGUGAAGAGGCCAUCCUGCAGAUGGAGAGCGACUUACUGGAUGUGAAUCAGAUCAUCAAGGACUUGGCCUCCAUGGUGUCAGAGCAAGGCGAUGCUGUCGAUAGUAUUGAAGCCAGCAUUGAGGCUGCAUCCUCGCAUGCAGAGGCAGCCAGUGAGCUCCUGGCUGGAGCCAGCCGGCACCAACUCCAGAGACGCAAGAUCAAGUGCUACUUCCUGUCAGCUGGAGUCACUGCCCUGGUGGUCGUCAUCCUCAUCAUUGCCACCACUGUCCGGAAGUGACGCCACUUGUGGUUGAUGGCAUCACCUGGCCUGCGAUGGACACGAGAGAGCUUUACGCCUACCUGCUGCCGUCUCCUGCGCUGGCCCUGCCCACCUCUGUGCCCCCCGAGCUGAGUCAACCAAUAAACUGCUUCUGCUUAGAGAA